AUGAAUCCACAAGAGCAGCCCCCCUUAAUCUUGACCUGGGGGAUUCUCUCAACAGGUCGGAUAGCCGAAAAGUUUGCCCUCGAUCUCCUCAACCCACGCCCUUGCUCACCUAUCGACCACACCCUCACUGGAGUGGCAUCCUCCACCUCUCUAUCCACAGCUUGCACCUUCCUGGAGAAAAUCCGUGCGCCCAAACACGUUAUCCCCUAUGGCUCUUACCCCUCCCUUCUAUCCACCUCAUGUGAAGCGGUCUACAUUGCCACGCCACAUUCUCACCACUACCAGAAUGCCAUGAUGGCACUCGAGGCCGGAAAGCAUGUUCUGAUCGAGAAGCCAAUUACAGUGAAUGCGGAACAAUGCAGGGCGCUCUUUAACACCGCAACGAAAAAGCGGUUAUUUGUGAUGGGGGGCUUGUGGACGAGAUUUCAACCCAUUGGCUGUGCCUUCCACGAGGUGCUCGGGGAGGUUGGGACGGUCCGGAGAAUUGAACGCCAAUUUCUGACCGGGGAUCGCCUGAUCACAUUGGACUUGGCUGGAGGAGGGUUGCUCGAUUUGGGGAUCUACUCUUUGAACUGGGUAUUGCAGGCACUCGGCCCGCGAAGGGAUUAUGCACCGCACGCCGUAGCCUCGGGGAUGACGAAAGAUAGAAGCACCGGGGUCGACGAAACAACAACUAUUCUGCUGAGGUUCGCGGCCGAGAAAGACGAUCAUGAGGUUCAGGCCAUGGUUGCCUCCUCUCUUCGCUGUGCGACCGACGCGGAUGGCACGACACCCUGUGUCUGUGUCCAAGGCGAUAAGGGAGAGAUUCAAGUAUUUGGAUGGCCUUGGCGACCGUCAAGGAUCCGGAUUCUUGCAAGAGAACAAAGGUUUGGCACUAUCGGCAUGGUGAGGAAAGAGAUCCUAAACCGUGUGCCGGACCAGGUGUAUGGGCUAGUCUAUGAAGCAGAUGAGCUAGCGAGAUGUGUACGGAGUGGGAGAGUGGAGAGUGAGACGAUGAGCUGGAACGAGAGCCUGGCUACCCUGAAGAUAAUGGACCAGGUCAGAAAGGAAAAUGAACUGUGGUUUGGGGAAGAGGCGGAGACGGUGGUGUAUCCCGUGGCCCAGUGCAGCAUCGAGUAUUUCCAAGGCUACUAA